CCCACCUCCGUCCCAACUCCCAACGCCACCGCGCCGCACUGCGACUGCCCCCACCGGAAGCCAGCCAGCCACCGCACCGCACCCUCCUCCCCCUCCACCCUAAACCACCUCGUGCUCCCUCCGCAAGCCCGCAUCCUCUGCGAUGAAUCAAGUUGGCCAGCGGCCACCACCGCCGGUGCCGGAGUCACGCCCACCGCCGCCGACAGGGAGCUGGAUCAGGAUCUUGCGCUCGGUGGCCUCUUCAUUGGGCUUAUCUCUCCGCUCUCUCAUGGUGCUACUUUGGCGCGCAUGCCGCUUACCGGCGGGCCAAGACGAGGAGGAGCGCAAUGAUGCCAAGAACAAGAACGAGACAGGCGGCCAAGAUGAUGAGGAUCGCCUGAAGAAGACGGAGAUUGCCGCCAGGAAACGAGCAAGGCAGAAGGCCAAGAAAGCGGCCAGAAAGGAGGCCAAGGCGAAGGCCAAGGCGGUGGCCGAGGCGAAGGCCAAGAAGACCAAGAAGGAGGCCAAGGCGGAGGACAAGAAGAAGAGGCAGGAGGAGGAGGCCAUGAAGAGGAAAGAAGAGGAGGAGGCGGCCAAGGAGGAGGCCAGGAUCAGGGAAGAAGAGCAGAAGGCAGCCAAGGAGAAGGCCAGGCAGAAGCUUGCCGAGGACAAGAAAAAGGCUGACCUGGAGGAGGCCAAGAGACGGCAGCGGGAGGACGCCGAGCGGAGGAAGGAGGAGGCCAGGAUGGAGGAGGAGGACAGGCAAAGGAGGCGGGAGGAGGCCCAGAGGAGGAAGGAGGCGGACAGGAACAAGGAUGAGUAUGAGAUUGAGAGGGAUGCUCAUAGGAGCUUCUGGGAUAAGAAUCUUAGCAGCCUCGAGGAUAAUGGAAUGACUCUGUGCAUGGUCUGUCACUUUGACCCCUUUGGCAACAAGGGCUCUAAAUAUGGCUGUACUGACAAACAGAAGGAUCGCCAUAUCGGAAAUCGUCACAAAGCGGGAGUGGAACACUGCAAGAAGCCGGGUUGCUUUGUGAUUGCCAAGGACAAGAGCCGACUAGGGAAGCACCACUACUAUUGUCAUGGCAUCAGCAAGUAAAACAUUGUUCAUCAUAUCAGCAGGCCGCAUAAGGGAGUUGGGAUUGAAAGCUGCAAGAAGAAGGGCUUCCUUGUUAUAGCCAAGGAGAGAACAUCUAGCUCCAUAGUUUGGUGCUUCUGUAGGUCUCACGGUUUGAACUACAA